ACAGGAAGUGGGGUUAGGCGCGGUUCCUGGUAUGAAUCGGACCCCCUGAAGAUCCGAGAGCAAAGCGCAGUGGCUGGAAGGUGUUACUGCGGAGCAGAGAUGUUCCGGAUCGAGGGCCUCGCGCCGAAGCUGGACCCCGAGGAGAUGAAACGGAAGAUGCGCGAGGAUGUGAUUUCCUCUGUACGGAACUUCCUCAUCUACGUGGCCCUGCUACGAGUCACUCCAUUUAUCUUGAAGAAAUUGGACAGUAUAUGAAGAUUGGACAUCAUCUGUGAACAUAUGAUAAAAGAACCUGGUUACAGUUUCUUCUGCCUGCAAAUGAAUAGGCUCAGAAAGGUGUAAGAGACUCUGAUUGAAUGGACAUAAAAAUUCUACUUGAUAAGAGCUAGUUGGGGGCCGGGGAUUUAGCUCAGUGGUUUUGUCGCCUGCUGCGCAAGUGCAAGGACCCAAGUUCGAUCCCCGGUACCCAAAAAAUAAAAAAAUAAAAAAAGAGCUAGUUGGACUCUGGUAACUGAUCCUCAUAGCUAAAAUAUAAAACUAUUGGGAAGGGCCGGGGAUUUAGCUCAGUGGUUCCACCGCCUGCCUCGCAAGCGAAAGGUCCCAAGUUCGAUCCCCGGUACCAAAAAAAAAAAAAAACUAUUAGGAAGUAUGAAAAGAUGUCUUGUGGUCAAAGUGUGUCCUUAUGCUGGUGAUAAUUCAGUCUCUGUGAACAUUGAUGUAAAUAAUGUCAAACUCAAUUUUAGCAAGUAUCGUAAGAGGAUUAUCUCUGAAAUGUCACUGUCUUGUCAGUCAUUUCUGUUUACAUUUUUACUUCUGUCCAGAGUAUAUUUGUGAUGAAUCCCUUGCAAAUAGCUGUGUUUAAUGGGAGUCGGCACAAAACCACAAUGGUAUUUAAGUGCAAGACUAUUUGUCUAUAUUUUUAAUAAAAUACCAGAAAGUUUU